AUGGUACGCUAUAAACGCGAGUCAGCAGCAGCGGUGGUAACGGCAGCGGCGGCGUCUGCUGCCGAUGUUGCAGCAACAACAAAAGCAAAACAAUUGGAUUUUGAAAUACUGGUGGAUAAAACACUUAAUUCAUUAAAUGGUUUCGAUCCUGUAUCCCGCUGUGAUGCUCUACACUAUCUGCUGCAAAAUCUAAAAUUUAAAUAUUCCGAAACCUGUGAAAAAGUUGUGCCCAGCGUGUUUGCCUAUCUAUUGGAUCGGGAUUACGCCAGCACCACAAAAGGAGUGUCCAAAAAACAAUUACAAUUGCUGCUAGCCACCAAAAAGGAGGAUAUCAAAAAUGAAGACGAAAAUGCUUCAUCGACAGAUUUAAAUCAGAAUUUCGAAAAGAUCCUAUGUAAGGAGGAAUUUAUGUGCCUGGAUGAAGACGAUGGUGAUUAUGCCGAUGAUGCGGAUAAUGAAAAUUCAAAUUUCCACAAUAAAAGAAUACGACGUUAUCCAGCAACAGCAGUAGCAGCAGCAGGCUUGGGUUCUUCAUCGACGGGCGGCCUAGUUAACUCAAAAGCAAAUAGCCGGGAUCCAUUGGAUUUAAUACCCUCAUCCGUAAUACACGCCCGACGUCUUGGCCGUAUAGCCGCCACCAACACAACAACUGCGGAUGGUGAUGAAAGCAAUAGUUUAGAUGCCCUUGCCACCACAGAUAGCCUAAAGAGAGCUCGACGACGUGCAGGAUUUGCCUAUGGUAAAAAUAAUUUGGGCAAACUCAGUCACCAGUCACGUUUGCUGUUCGAAAAGGUACACCAACGCGUUUCGCAUUUGGGCGAAGGUUAUGUCUUCCAUCCGGAUAAUGAGUUUACAAUUCAUUUCCACUGGAAAUCCGAGGAAUUGAGUAUACGUGUGUUCCAAGAACAGUUUCGUGUACAUCUAAAGAUCGCCUUGAAAGAACGUAACAAAGAAUUCCUGCGAAAAUUUCAACAAGAGUUUGUAUUUACGGGCCGCUUACUGGGUACUACACCACCAAAACAUGUACUCGAGUCGUUGCGUCUAGAGCACGAGGAAGAGUGGCGUCAACAGAAAAUACGAAAACAGCAACAACAACAACAGCAGCAGCUGCUGCAGCAGCAACAACAACAGCAACAAAUGUUGCUUAUGCAACAGAGGAGACGUGUUCUAGCGGCGGCGUCCAGCAGUGCCGGUAACGCUUACGAUUCCGAAAUGGAUUUCGAGCUAGAAUCUGAAUCUCAAUUGUCAUCAGCAUCGCAGGAGAUUAUGAAAUUUGAAGAGAUCAUUGAUGAGGGCAUGGGCCCUGGCCGAUUAAUAGAUGGUCUGGUCAUGGAACCGGAAAUUGAGGAUGUCAUUGAACGUAGUGGCAGUGGAGCAAGUGUCAGUGUAAGUGGUGGUAGUAGCAACAGUGGUAAUGGCAUGGAUACCUUGCCGAAUGAUAUGGUAACAACGGACAGUGCUUCCACCUUAACUUCACCGUUUAUAGGUGGUGGUGGAGGAGGGGGAGUUGGUAGUGGCGGUGGUAUGGGCAUGGGUGGUGUUGUCAAUGAUAUUGGUGCAACAAAUUUCAAAAAUCAUUUAUCACAGCAGCAGCAGCAAAACAACUCCAACAAUAGUAAUCUUAUUAUGAAUGGCCUCACAACCCCAUCGCCGAGUUCGGGUCACCCUAAUAACCUUAUGCCCAAUAAUUUAAAUCAACAACAGCAGCAGCAACAGACACCACAUGGUGGUGGAAUGCAGCAGCAACAACACAAUAUUGCCAAUCUUAUGAAUAAUACUUUGGGUCAACAACAACAACAGCCACAUUUCCAAGGAGGCCAUCCACAACAAACGCCACAACAGCGUUAUCUCAUGCAGCAGCAGCAACAACAACAAAUGCAGCAGCAACAGGGUGGUGUCGGCGGUCCACCUUAUAAUUCCCAGCAUAUGCCACCCCAAAAUCAUCCAUUGGCCAUGAUGGGUGGUAUGAUGGAAUCGGCCAAUCAACAGCAUCAACAAAUGCAACAACAGCGGAUGCAAAUCAAUGCAACCAAUAAUGCCAUCAAUAGCAUUGACAAUAUAUUGGGUGUAGGUGGUGGUGGUGGGGGACAAGGAGCUGGUGUUUCCAAGCCACCCACAACACCAGACAAUUUGCAAUACAUGCAGCAGCAGCAACCACAACAGAUGCCACCUCACAUGCAAAAUAUGCCACCACAUAUGAUGAUGCAACAGCAGCAACAACAAGAUCACACCUCCUUUUUGUCGGGUUCCGGUGCCGGUGGCUCUAUGGCAUCCAACAAUUCACAAAGUAGUGGUGGUGGCCUACUACAAAAUCCCCACACACCCACGGGCAAUAAUUCAUCGGCCAACGCCUCCUUUGAUCAUGAUGAUCCCGAUAUGUCACACGACGAAGAUGAUGAGGAUCAUGAAAACGAUACCAAUGAUGGUAUGGAACCAAAACAACAGCUAAUUGAUGGUGGCAGCAGUAGUAGUACCUCAUUGCAGGCACCGCCCGGUGGGGCAAAUGCUUCCGGUGGCUCAAAGAAAGAGAAACCCAUAUACAAUUGUUUACUGUGUCCCAAGUCAUAUCGUAAACGUAAAUCCCUAUUGGAUCACUAUAAAAUACAUCCAGGAUAUUGUCAUGAUUGUGGCAAGGCCAAUGGUACAUCGUUGGAGGAAAUCAUACAUCACAAUCGCACGGUACAUGCCAAGGACUUCCCAUUUGUCUGUGAGACUUGUGGCGAAUCUUAUUCAAGGCGUCAACAAUUCCAUGCCCAUGUUGAAUCUCACAAUAAGAAGGAAUUCAAAACUUACUCAUGUAUUGAAUGCGGUCAAAAGUUCUCUCACAAAAAACUACAUCAACAACAUUUAGAUGAUACCGGCCACAAGGCUGACGGUGCUAUAUGCGAGGUAUGCGGCGAUGAAUUCCCCUCAAAGAAUGCUUUGUAUCAACAUAUCGUUAGAGUACAUAAAAAGGAUAAUUUAUUCGAGUGUCACAUAUGUCAGAAUCGUUUUACGCUAAAAGCCAAUUUAGAACGUCAUGUCCAGUUACAUACGGAGAUUAAAAGGACAUAUGUCUGUGAUAUUUGCAACUCUUCAUAUUUUACAUAUCCAGCUUUAAAAGAUCAUUACAGCAAUGCCCAUACCGAUUCCUCCGAAUGCAAAUGUCCAUUGUGUGGCAAACGUUUUGGUUCAGUUAAAUCAUUACAACGUCAUUUACCAUCACAUUCGGAAGAGAGGCCACACAGUUGCUGUUAUUGUGAACAGACAUUUAAAUGGAAAACGCAUCUUGUACGCCACAAACAAACCGUACAUGGAAACCAGCCGUCCCCCAAGAAGGUUAAACGGUUCGCAAAGGAAGGUGAUGAAUUAGUUCCAAUGUCUGAUGUUCCCGGUCCGCCACCGGCUAAAGUUGCCAAGAAAUCGAAUGCUAGUAAACCAAAACAACAGCAGCAACAACAACAAACGGUUCAACAGCAGCAGCAACAACAACAGAAAAUGGGUGCUGUUGCAACACCACCACCACUAUCAACCACACCCGGUACAUCAUCGUCCUCACAACAAGAUCCCUUCAAUGCUGCCAUUAUAAGUAACAAUAGUUCACAAUCGUCAACUGCAUCGACAUCACAGCAUUCAUUGCAGUCUAGCGAAUCUCAACCGAAUUCCAUGUACAGUCAAAACUUUAGUGCUGAAAAAUUGCUGGGCCACCAGCAGCAGCAGCAACCCCAUCCAACAUCACAGGGACCACAAACGGCACUAGCGCCACAACAGCCCAUGUUAACACCACACAGUCAGCAGCAUCCACAUCCGCAACAACAACAAAGACCAACACCACCUCCGCAUCAACAGCAACAGCAGCAACACCAUCGUCACACACCCAAUAAUAGUCACACGCCGGACAAUAACUUGCCCCGUAUAAAUAGUUUCGGUGGCGGUGGGCCAACACAACCGGAGACACAAUUUCAUUUCGAUCAAAGUGCCGCUGGCGGCCCAACAUCAACCAUUACCACAAAUCCAGGUGCUUAUCCCCAACAUCAAAUCAUUAAUCAAUACCAGCAGCAACAUCACCAACAACAACAAAUGCAAACAACUCAACAGCCCCCAACGCCACAGCAACAGCAGCAGCAAGCGCAUAUGCGCAGUCAUACGCCACAGAGUCCUCAUCCACAUAGUCAUGUACCACAACAACAUCCGCACUUUUCGUCGCCACAUCAGCAACAUUUGCAGAGUGCUGCCCAGCAGCAGCACCAACAACAAAUGCAUCACCAUCAACACAUGAUGCAACAACAAUUGCAGCAACAGCAUCAACAAGCCACCGCUCACCAGCAGAGACACAAUCAACAAAGAUCACCUCACCCCCACCAGACACCGACACAACAGCUGCAGCAACAACAUCAACAACCAAUGCAUUCGCCACAACAUGCACGACUGCAAUCACCUCAGGCACAUACGCCACAACCACAAGCCACACCACAGCAGCAGCCAGGUGUAGCUGUCAAUCAUCAACAGCAGCAGCAGCAGUACACCACAGAUGCCUGGGGUAAUAUUAAUUUUGUGGCACAUGGAGCAGGUGCGGCCAACACUCAUCCUCAACAACAGCAGCAGCAACAAAAUAAUGCUAGCAAUUUAUCGGCAUCCGAUAAAGAUAAUCCUAAUAAAUACUAUAUCGUUGAUUCUUCCGAAUUCAUGGGUCUUCCAAUUAACGUUUCUGGCAGCAGUACACCGGGUACAGAAACAAAUCAAUUAAGCAGUACUCAACAGCAGCAGCAACAACAGCCACAAUCACCAAUGGUGGCCAAUAAAACGCCUCAACAGCAGCAACAGGAACAGGAUUUGAUGAGUUUUCAGAAUAUGUGGCCCCAGGCUAAUCAAACACCCAAUCAAAUGGCCUACAGUGCCAAUGGUGGUGGCCAACAACAGCAAACAACCGCCCAGCAACAGCAAGUUCAACAGCAACAAACCCAGCCUCAGGUCCAACAGGCACAACAGCAAAGUGCCACUAAUCAACAAGCUGGCGCAGCCGGUGGUGUUGCCAAUGUUGGGGGUGGUGCCGGGGCAACCGAUCCCCAUAGCUACAAUAAUAUUGGCAGUAUUUUAACGAAUCUCAUUGACAACAAUCCCAAUCCCAUGGAAUAUAAUUUCGAACUGAUGCAGCAAGGAUCGGUGCCAGUUGCAGGCAGUGGUGCAACAGCAACAUCGGCAGCAGCGGCGGCCGCUGCCCAAAGUCAACAACAGCAACAGAGUGCUUUAGCUGUACACCAUCAACAACAACAGCAGCAGCAACAUCAAACGGCCAGUGCUGCAUCGACCUACGGCCUGCAACCUACCGCCGGUGCCAGUGGCUUGAUACGUCAUGCUGGUGUAUAUGGAGCGCCCGGCUCACUGUAUGAUCCCCAUCAUCAUGCGGCGGCUGCCCAUCACGCCUCCAGUUUAGCGGAAAUGGGCGAACAGCAAAAGAAUAGCUUUCAACCAUAUCAUCCGCAUGCGUUGCAAACGCACGCCCAUGCCUUGGGUGGCCAUCCAUUGGCACCGACCGCCCAUCAUCCUCUAGCUGCGGCAUCUCACCUGUUGCCACCACCACCGCCACAUGCCGGUCAUCCUCAUGUCUAUGAUCGUGGUGGCUAUUCAAUGUUGGGCGGUGGUGAUGAUGGCAAGGCAGUGUUGCCACCCAUUAGCGAUUACAUGCACCACAUGCAGCAGCAACAUGUACAGCAGCCCGAUUUAUUGUACUAUUCAGUGAAAAAUGACUGACAUUUAAAAUAGGUCAUGCCUAGCGGUGGGGCUGGCGGCGGCGGAUGCGUCAAUACAAACAGUACUAGCAGUAGUAGUAACACGAGCACGUCAAGAACAGCAGCUCAAGUCUAUCACCAGGGACUUGCAGCGGCAGCAGCAGCACACCACCACCACCACCAUCAUUAUCAGCAUGCACAAACACCGCCCCAGUAUCCAUAUCACCACCAUCCACAUCACCAUCACAUGCAGCAACAGUACCAUCAACAUC